AUGUCCUCAGACUCAGUCGUUUACCACUACCUCGCCAUUGGCAAGCUUGGCCGCGGAGAAGUUGUCAAGCUGUUCUUGAAGGAUGCUGGCAUUGACUUCGAGGAGAAGCGUUAUAAAUACCCUGAUACCUGGCCAGAGACCAGCGAGAAGCUGAAACAGCAAGGCAUCACCCGCACUGGAAGCCUUCCUUCUCUUGAGUACAAGGGUCUUAUUCUCACCCAGCACAUCCCAAUUCUUCGUUUCCUCUCUCGCGACCUCGGUAAGUAUGACGGUCAGACGAAUGAGGACAAGUAUUUGGUAGAUGCCGUCUCCGACAUCUACGUCGAUUGGAGAUCCCAAUGGGUUGCCAACCUCAAAGGAGCAACCGACGAGUACAAGAACGAAUUCCUCCCCAAGUACUACGAUCUCAUUGCCAAGUACUACUCUGACCGCGAGGGUCCUUACCUUCUGGGUAAUGAAGUCAGCUACACCGACUUUGCCAUCUACCAGUCCAUUGACAAUGACACACGAACCAAGACCAUCCCUUCUAAAAUCCCCGAUGUUCUUCUCAAGUUCAAGGAAGUUUUUGAGGCUAGACCCAACAUUGCUGAGUACAUCAAGUCGGAGUAA